GAACGUCCAAAAAGGCCGACAGAUGGCAAUGUUUAUUUGUUUUAUUUGCUCCGUUAGACCACCCUAUUUUAACUGAUGGAGAACGAUAAAUAAAUGACUUAGUGCAAGUCAUUCAGGGGCAAAAUUAACUAAAGCUGUAGUUGUCAGUGUUAUCCGAGCGAGGGCGAAGGUGCACGACCCGUGUCCCAACUUGUCAAGAAAGUUUGGGCCGCCCUUGUGGCGCAUAAUGUCGGGGAGAUCCUGCUCUUCAGCUGUCAGUUGAAUUGUCCGCGGGGUAUUUGCGUGAAAUCAUGCUGUGCGUCCUCACCAGAACUGCGACAAGGACGGGGCUGGUGAAGCCCUGCCGUCGGCUGAGUCCAUUGCCGGUUGUCCAGAUUUCGGAGCGGCCGCUGGUCCAUCAGGAGAGUCUGCCGAAGCUGCCGGUUCCGCCGCUGAAGCAGACGUGCGCGCGGUAUCUGGCCUCGCUCGAGCCGCUGAUCAGCGAGGAGGAGAUGACGCACACGCGCGAGCUGAUGGACGACUUCCUGCGGCCCGGCGGCGUCGGAGAGAGACUGCAGAAGAGCCUCGAGCGCCGGGCGCGCAAAACCGACAACUGGCUCUCUGACUGGUGGAUGCAGUCGGCCUACCUGGACUCUCGAAUGCCUGUGGCGAUGUACACAAGCCCAGGGGUCGUUUUACCUAAAAUGCACUUCCAAGACCGUCAGGGACAAAUAAGGUUUGCUUCUAAACUUAUUGCUGGGGUUUUGGAUUUCAAAAGCAUGAUUGAUAGUGAAACAUUGCCUGUGGAAUAUCUGGGUGGCAAGCCUUUGUGCAUGGAUCAGUAUUACCAGGUGCUGACUUCAUGUCGGAUCCCUGGACCCAAGAGAGACACCGUAGUGAACUACGCUAUCGGAAAGACCCCUCCUUCCCACAUCACAGUGGUCCACAACUUUCAGUUCUUUGUUCUGGAUGUGUACAACAGCGAUGGUUCACCACUGACUGUAGAUCAGAUCUAUGUUCAGCUGGAGAAGAUCUGGAACUCUUCCCUUCAGACCAAUAAAGAGCCAGUUGGCAUCCUGACCUCCAACCACCGUAACACCUGGGGCAAGGCCUACAACAACCUUAUCAAGGACAAGACAAAUAAGGAGUCAGUGAGGGCAAUCCAGAAGAGCAUCUUCACAGUUUGUCUUGAUGCACCAAUGCCACGCGUGUCAGAUGAGAUGUACCAUAACAAGGUGGCCGCUCAAAUGCUCCAUGGUGGAGGAAGUCGCUGGAACAGUGGGAACCGCUGGUUUGACAAAACACUGCAGUUCAUAGUUGGAGAGGACGGAUCAUGUGGACUCACCUAUGAACAUGCUCCGGCUGAGGGACCUCCCAUUGUUUUCCUGGUGGACCAUGUUGUUGACUAUAUGAAGAGAUCUGAGACGGUACGAACUCCCAUGAUUCCACUUCCUAUGCCACAAAAACUUCGAUUCAACAUCACACCAGAAAUCAAGAAGGACAUUGAGAAAGCCAAACAAAACAUGAACAUAAUGGUGCAUGAACUGGACGUUCGAGUGCUCAACUUCACAAACUAUGGAAGAAAAUUCCCAAAGUCUCAUAAAAUGAGUCCUGACGCAUUCAUCCAAAUGGCUCUGCAGUUGGCAUACUAUAGGAUGUAUCAGACCUGCUGUCCGACCUACGAAAGUGCCUCCUUACGCAUGUUUAGAUUGGGCAGAACUGAAGCCAUUCGAUCCACCACCACAGAAUCGCUCCAGUUCACAAAAGCCAUGGAUGAUCCAUCAAAACAUAAUAGUGAGAAAGCAGCACUGCUCGAAAAGGCCAUCAAAGUACACAGAGAGCACACACACAUGGCCAUUCAUGGGCAGGGUAUAGAGAGGCACAUGCUGGGUUUAAAGAUGAUGGCCAUUGAGGAUCUGACAUCUUUACCUGAGAUAUUCAUGGACACGUCGUUCGCUGUCUCUACACAUUUUAAUCUCUACACAAGUCAGGUUGGAUCAAAGACAGACUGUGUUAUGUGUUUCGGACCCAUGGUUCCUGAUGGUUAUGGUAUCUGCUACAACCCCAUGGAUGACCAUAUCAACUUUGCUGUUACUGCCUUCAACAGCUGUGAGGAAACAAAUGCCACGAAACUGUCACAGUUUCUAGAAGACUCGCUUCUGGACAUGAAGACUCUUCUGGAGCAGGUUUCUAAGACCCAGUGAGUGAUGGCAGAAGAAACUCUCACAGGAGCCCCAAAACACUUUCAGACUGGAGGCUUUCAGUGUCAUUAGCCUGACAUAUUGGUAAUAUUGGUUUUAUAUUGGUAUUCCAUAUGUGUGUUUUUCUUUUUAUUAUGUAGAGAAUAUAGGUAACUAAGAACACCAUUCUUAGGUUGAUUCCCUUGAAACGUGGAAACAUUGUGACUCUGUGGUGCAUAAAAUUUGUUUGAGCAACUCGACAAGCCUGACACAGUGACAAUGACCGAGUAGUGCGAGUUUGAGGCUUAACUAUCUCCAACCGCUGGACAUCAGAAAACCAGUUUGAAAACAGUCAUUAUUUUACACUUCAGCUUUCAGUAAAGUGAUGGACUAAGAGGCUGCUACAAACAUAAACAAGGACAGCCAGAAACACAGACUCAUUCUGUUUUUAUUUCAGUUUCAACUGUAAAAAUGGUAAAUGUGAGAAUGCUCUUGAUAUUAUUCAGUGCCAUAUCAUGUGAUACUUAAGUAUACUUCAGUUUUUUUACACAUAUGCUAGGGUGUGUACAGUGACACGAUUUUUGGCUUCAGCACAGUUUGUUCAUACUGUACAAGUGCAGUCCAAUAUUUUGUGCACUUAUUACUUUGCCACUAUGUGGCAACACUGGCCUGGGCCUGUUUCACAAUCAGAAAAGAAACAGGGGAGACAGAACAAGAACAAGAAUCAUGAAAACAAACUGCUGAAGAUGGCAAAAACAAUGUGCAUGCUUACUAACAAGCACUUGUGCGAAGGGAUUAAAGCACUCGAAACUCAAGUUUAAGUGAGUAAAAAGACAUUUUUAUCUUUCAUAACUUCUGGAGAGAAAAAGCACAGAUACUGGACAAGGAUUAAUGUUUCUAGUACACAAGUGCACGUGUUUCUAGUGAUGAGUGACUGUGUUCUCGCAUGUGAUCACUUUGAAAGUCUGUCCAUUCGCUAACAUACAUGUAAAAAAAUUGAAGUAUUCAUAGUAAACUUAGUAGUUUCACAAAUGGUAAAGUAAGACUGUUAUGCUAAACUCAGAGCCAUGUGGACUUUUUCUAAAUCAGUAAAAUAUCAGAAAAAUAUAUUAUGAUUUAUUUUGUGCUGAUAUAUUAGCAGUAGACUUGACACACAUUAUUGUCAGUUUACAUAGAUUAGCUCGUUCUCAUUACAAUAAAUAUAUAAAGCACUUAUAUAUAAAACAGUUAAAAACUGUUUGUGUAAAAUGAUGUGAUUAUAUGAUAUACAGUUAAUAAAUCCUAUCUUCAGUUCUGA